CAGUACCCCAAACUCCUGAGCAAAUUGCGGCCGAAGAGUACCGGGAACGAAUCAAAAACAUCGUCUGGCCGACCCGCCUGAAGCGAAAACUCAGUCGUACCGCGACUUUUUCAUAGCGCGCUUCGUCCUGAACAGAAUGGGGCCUGCAAGGAGCCCCCCCGGUCUGGGGGUCGCCCUUUUAUCGGCCACCCUUUUAGUUGCUCUGGCAAAUGGAGAGACGCUCACGCCCCCCUAUUUCAAUCUAGCCGAGGGCAAAAAUAUCACAGCUACAGCUACAUGCGGCGUGGACACUGAAGGUCCGGAGCUGUUCUGCAAAUUGAUUGGCAGCAAUUCGGACAGCGAGCCCAGCGCUAAUGUGAUUCAAGGACAGUAUUGUGACUAUUGUGAUCCAAACACACCUGGAAGAUACCAUCCACCUGAGCAUGCAGUGGACGGCAAAGAGACCUGGUGGCAAAGUCCGCCCCUUUCAAGAGGCAUGAAAUACCAGGAAGUGAAUCUGACCAUCGAUCUGGGACAGGAAUUCCACGUGGCCUACGUUUACAUCUACAUGGCAAACUCGCCCCGGCCAGGACUUUGGGUGCUGGAAAAAUCCGCCGAUUAUGGCAAAACCUACACGCCCUGGCAGUACUUUUCCGACUCGCCUGCUGACUGCGAGUCAUACUUUGGAAGCGAAACGUUGCAACCGAUCACCAGGGACGAUUCCAUCAUUUGUACCACUGAGUACUCGAAGAUCGUGCCGUUGGAAGGGGGAGAAAUCCCGAUAUCUUUGCUGACCAAUCGGCCAUCGGCCUCCCACUACUUCAACUCCUCGGUGCUUCAAGAAUGGACCAGAGCCACCAACGUGAGGCUGCGCUUUUUGAGGACCAAGAACCUGCUGGGGCAUCUCAUGUCAGUGGCUCGGCAGGACCCCACCGUAACUAGAAGGUACUUCUACUCAAUAAAGGACAUCAGUAUCGGCGGCAGGUGCAUGUGCAACGGCCACGCUCAAACCUGCGAUAUUCCCGACCCGAAAGACCCGAAAAUCCUGAUGUGCAACUGCAAGCACAACACCUGCGGCGCAAAAUGCAACCAAUGCUGUCCCGGCUAUGAGCAGAAGAAAUGGCGUGUGUCCAAAUACGACGAUCCCUUCAAAUGCGAGCUCUGCAACUGUUUCCAACACUCAAACGAGUGCGAGUAUGAUCCAGAAGUGGACGCCAAACGAUUGUCCUUGGACAUCCAUGGACGGUACGAAGGAGGAGGCGUUUGCAGGAACUGCAGACACGACACUGAAGGCAUCAACUGCAACAAAUGCAAGGCGGGCUUCUACCGGCCGUAUCACAAGCACUGGAACGAAACCGAUGUGUGUCAGCGUUGCCAAUGUGUCGACUUUGCGUUCACUGGCAACUGCAUGGAAGGCUCCGGGCGCUGCGAGUGCCGCAUAGAGUUCACCCCGCCCAAUUGCGACAGCUGCAGCUUCGGCUACUACGAUUACCCCGACUGCAAGCCCUGCGACUGUUUCCUCAACGGCACCGUCAACCAGCAGUGCGCCCCGUUGGAGGGCGUCUGCCAGUGCAAGCCCAACUUUGGUGGCAGGAGCUGCAAAGAGUGCGCGCCCGGCUACUUCAACUUCCCCGAAUGCAAACCCUGCGGCUGCGACUCAGUUGGUUCAGAAUCGCAGUCUUGCGACCAGGAGUCGGGAAAUUGCACCUGCAAAGUUAUGCACUCUGGAGCCAAGUGCGAUCAGUGCCAAGACGGGUACUUUGAGUACCCCAAAUGCAACUACUGCAACUGCGACAUCAAGGGCACCAAGGACGGGAUUUGCGACAAAGGGACUGGGGAGUGCAUCUGCAAGGAGGGCUAUGGGGGCGAGAGGUGCGACGUGUGUAUAUUGGGAUUCUACGGCUAUCCCGACUGUAAACCGUGCAACUGCAGCAAAAUCGGCUCAUACAGCACCACCUGCAGCGUAUCGGGAAAAUGCGAGUGCUUGGGCAGUUUUGCAGGACGAACAUGCGACCAGUGCAGUCCCGGCUUCUACAACUAUCCGGAGUGCAAGUCGUGCCAGUGCGACUAUCAUGGCUCGAAUGGCGUGUCCUGCGACCGGGAGGGAACGUGCGAGUGCCACAACAAUUUUGCAGGCCAGCAGUGCGAUCAGUGCAAGGAGGGCUUUUACAACUUUCCCGUCUGUGAAGACUGCAAUUGUCAUCCUGCGGGAGUGGUGGCUGGAUUCGCGGGCUGCGGAUCGGUGCCAGCAGGGGAACUGUGCGAGUGCAAGGAGCGAGUGCAGGGACGCAUCUGCAAUGAGUGCAGGCCGCUCUUUUGGAACUUGAACGCAAACAAUCCCCACGGUUGCGAAGAGUGCAACUGCAGCAGGGCCGGCGUUUUGGGAGGAAUCGCUGUCUGCGACUCUGAUGAUGGUCAGUGCAUUUGCAAGCCGUCGGUGGUGGCUCGGGGGUGUUCUGAAUGCGCCGAUGGCACCUACAAUCUGCAGAACGAUAAUCUGUUCGGGUGCACUGAUUGCGACUGCGAUGUGGGCGGCUCCAUCAGCAGCGUGUGCAACAAGCAAACCGGCGAAUGCAACUGCCAGUCGCGAGUGACUGGCAGGACUUGCAAAGAACCGCUGCAGGCUCAUUACUUCCCCACCCUCUACCAGUACCAGUACGAAGUGGAGGAUGGCCACACAUUGGAGAACAUGCGAGUGCGCUACAAGAACGACGAGAACGUCUUCCGAAACUACUCAUGGAAGGGCUAUGCGGUCUUCUCCUCCAACCUGCAAAGGGAGGUGAUCCAGGACAUCAGCAUAUCCAAGCCGUCGCUCUACCGCAUGGUUCUGAGGUUUGUCAACCCCAAUCCCUACACGGUGAUCGGGAUUGUUAAGGUCACGCCCGAUAAUUCCAACGACAACGAGCAGUACUUGAAGGUGCAAUUUAAGAACUCAUCCCAGCCAGUUUUCACGGUGGUUUCAGGGGACAGUGGCAACAUCGCCUCACCAAUGGUACUGAAUCCGGGCCGAUGGAGCGUCAGCAUUACCAUCAAUGAUACCAUUUUAUUGGAUUACUUUGUGCUAUUGCCCGAAGACUUCUACUUGGCCACUGUGUUGAACCAGAAAGUAGAGUCGCCCUGCACUUUCAACGAAACCGGACUAUGCCGAUCGUACGGCUACCCGAACAUCACCUUCUUUGACCGAACCUUCGGAGUUGGAGGAUACUUUUCGCAGGAGAAAACCACUCGGCCUUUGACUGAGUUUUACUCCAAUACCCAGCACCUACACGCCAUCGAUAUCUACAACCGCGUUCCGAUGCUCAACAUCGACCAGCAGGAGAUUUCCUUCAACCUCACUGUUUCCAAGCCUGGACAGUACGUGAUGCUGAUCAACUAUAUCACGCCACUGGACGACCUGCGUACUCAUAAAGUAGGCGUGGUGGCUCAUACCAGUUUUGGGGAGGUUGGGGGCAGUGUUAUUCUCUACUCCUGUCCAUACACCGCCUCCUGUCGACAAGUGGUGACCAAUGAGGAGGCUGGAGUGGGGGUUUUCACAGUCGAUGCCAAUUCGCUGAUCGUCGACUUGAAGAGUAACUCGAGCAACGUGGGUAUUCAUUCCAUCUACUUGAUCCCGUUUAACGACUGGUCGUUGGAUUAUAUCAAGCCAAAGCCGGUCUGCAUCAGGAAGAACGGCGAGUGCAUCGCGUCGUCCUUUAGAAACCCGCCGGAAACGAAGAAGAUCCAAUUCGAGCAGGAUCUGGAAGGAUCGGCAGCCAUCAAUAAGCCCUCGGUUGUUUUGAUCAACAACAGCAGCUUCGUCUGGCUGAACAAGCGCUACGCCACCAUCGAUAUGCGCGGAAAAGUGCCCGAUCCUGGAUACUACACUUUUGUGCUGCAUUAUUACCAACCAGACUAUCCAGUUUUCGACUUGGAGGUGAUCAUCCAAAAUGGGAAGUUCUACGAAGCCAAAGUCCCCGUGCAACACUGCCCCACUCUGUCCGGCUGCAGGUCGCUGAUUCUCGAAGGAAACAACAACAAGUUUGAUCUUCUGGAGAAUUUCAUGAUCACCUUCAAGCAGCCGGAGGGCAAAAAUGUCUAUUUGGACUAUCUGCUGGUGAUUCCGGCCGAUCUCUACAGCGAAGGCCAUCUGGAGGAGGAGGCUCUGGACCGAACCGGCGAAUUCAUUUCCACUUGCGGCAGCAAUAACUUCAACAUCGACACCAGCCAGAAAGGCUUUUGCAGGGACUCAGUUUUUUCGAUAACAGCCGCCCACAAUACUGGCGCGCUUCCGUGCCAAUGCGACUAUGCAGGAUCGGUGAGUUUCGAGUGCGAAAAGUUCGGCGGCCAGUGCAAGUGCAAGGACAACAUCAUUGGGCGACAAUGCACCGCCUGCCGGACCGGCUACUACGGAUUUCCAGAGUGUCGGCCGUGCAAUUGCCCCAGCACGGCCUACUGUGAGCCACAAACCGGGCAGUGCAUUUGUCCGCCGCAUGUGACUGGCGAGAAAUGCGACCAAUGCGCGCCGCUGACCUUCGGUUACGACUCGCUGAUUGGUUGCCAGCCGUGUGGAUGCAACCCGCUGGGCAUCAAUGGCACCAUGCAGUGCGACCUGCUGAACGGCGCCUGUCCGUGCAAGGAGAGCGUCCAUGGGAGAACCUGCGACAGUUGCCAGGCCGGAUUUUACGCGUUUCCUUACUGCGAGUCCUGCGACUGCAACCAAAAUGGCACCGACAGCGACAUUUGCGACAAAGCCACUGCUGAGUGCUUUUGCAAGGCCAAUGUGGUGGGCCUGCAUUGCGACAGCUGCAGGGAGGGAUCGUUUAACCUCCAGCCCUCCAAUCCGGACGGUUGCACCAAAUGCUACUGUUCGGGCAAAGCCACCAAAUGCUACAGUGCCGGAUUCUUUAAUGCUCCCAUCUACAACCUGGCUGAUUGGGAUCUGGUUGCUAUCGAGAUUGCAGACGACACAUUGGACGUCAGUGAUCUGGCAGCUGACUUGGAAGGCGCUACAGGCAACGAAUUGGAGGCGGACCUAACGGAAGUGAACGAAACCACGACCGCCUACUUCUCGGCUCCGCCCUCCUAUUUGGGAAGAAAGCUGGCUUCGUAUGGCGGCCUGUUGCAGUAUCGCAUCUUUUACAGCAUAGGGACGAACGGUUCGGCUAUUAGUGCUCCCGAUGUUAUUCUGCACGGCGCCAACACUUUCCUCACCUACUCCAGCUUCGAGCAGCCUCCUCCAUCGGAGGAAUACAGGAGCGAAGUGGCGCUGACCGAGGCAAUUUUUGAUACUCCUUCAAGAGAGCCGGCCAGACGCGACCAUAUCAUGGAAGUGCUGAAAGACCUCAGAGGCGUCUACAUUAGAGCCAGCUAUUGGACCAAAGGAGACACUGUUAAGCUAAUGGACAUUACAAUGGACGAGGGCGUUUCACGAGCCGCCUACGGCGCGCGGUUUCCUCAAGACCGCAACCCUGUCCCUCUUCCUUCAGUGGAACAGUGCUCGUGCGAAUUGAGCUAUCAAGGAUUGUCGUGCGAAGACUGCUCGCCUGGGUACUACCGGGUGAAGACCGAGGGGACCCAUGGGGGGGCUUGUGUGCCAUGCGACUGUAACGGGCACGCCACUGAGUGCGACGUUAAUACGGGGGUUUGUUUGAACUGUCAGCAUAAUACACAGGGCGACCACUGCGAGUCCUGCAAUGUCGGUUAUCACGGCGAUGCUCGAUCCGGAACUCCAAACGACUGCUUAAUUUGCGCCUGUCCUCUGCCCAUUGCGAGUAACAAUUUCGCCACUGGAUGCGAUGUCAGCUCGGAUGGCGAGCACAUUAGCUGCGAGUGUACUGAAGGCUACAUUGGGGCCAGAUGCGAGUCCUGCGCCCCUGGAUUUUACGGUCUGCCCGAAGUGCAAGGCGACUACUGCAAGCCCUGCCAAUGCUCCGGGAACAUCAACUCGUCCGAUCCAGGCUCAUGCCAGUCCACCAAUGGAAAAUGUAUUCGUUGUCUCAACAACACGUUUGGGGAGGCGUGCGCCCUCUGCAAGCCUUUCUACUAUGGGGACGCCGUCAAUCUGAAGGACUGCCAGCCCUGCCUGUGCGACAAAGAAGGCACUGAAAGGUGCAACCACGCCACUGGCCAGUGCGUUUGCAAGCCGAAUGUGAUUGGCGAGAAAUGCGACCGUUGCCUGAACGAACACUACGGCUUCCAGUCCGGAGUAGGGUGCACAAAGUGCGACUGUGCCGAAGCCUCAGAGAGUCGUGAAUGUGACGAUUUCACUGGAAGCUGCAAGUGCAAAGAGGGCGUAACCGGCCGGGCUUGCGAUCGGUGCAUUGCCGGCUUUUGGAACUACACCGAAGAGGGCUGCGUGUCUUGCGGUUGCAAGGGCGAGUAUUCGAUCGGGUUGGGCUGCAACUCGCAGACUGGCCAAUGCGAGUGCAUGCCCGGUGUGGUGGGGGAAAAGUGCGACCAGUGCCCGCACCGAUGGGUCUUUGUGCCCGACUUUGGGUGCCAUCAGUGCGACGAAUGCCAUCACGCCCUUUUGGAUGAUACCGACGCUUUGGCCGCCCUUAUCGACCCCAUUAUUAUCGAAUUCGAUUCCACCCAAUCGGGGUACUUUACCAGAAGGAAGCUGGAUAGCAUGCGUGAGCAUCUGGAUAGGCUCAGACCAAAGUUCGACGAAGUCGACCCCAGACAGGUGAAUCUCACUGGACUUAUACAAGAAUUGGAGAGCUUGGAACAGGACUCGAAGAACCUAAACCGCAAAUCGAACUUUUCGCUUCAAAACAGCGAGGAGCGUCGCGUCGAAUCGCUGGCCCUCAAAGACCGUGCCGAAGAAGUGUUGGACAGUGCAAGCAAAGCGGAAGAAGAAUGCUCACGAGUGGUGGAAGACAUUGACCGAAUCGCUGGGCAGCUGAACAAAGAAGCUGCAAAUGAAGUGGAAGAGGCGCUACAGAAGGGCACCGAGCUGCUGAAUGCCAUCAAGAUCUACAAUCUGACCGAAAGGGAGCGGGAAGCGGGCAGACAAUUGGCCAAAGUGAACGAGCUGCUGAAGAACGUGACCGACUACAAGGUGCCAGUUAACAAUCUGGAAACGGAAAUCGAGGAAAUUAACGGCGGCAUCAAGGACUUCAAUGAUAAGUUGGUCGAUCUGUACAAUCACACCCAGUAUUCAUUGAACACGGCCAACGACGCCAAGAAGAUCAUCAGCAGAAGCGGAAAGGACCGGCUUAAGGGGAAUCUGGAGAACAUCGAAACUCAAAUAAGCCAAUCGAAAGUGAACAUCGACACAUCUGUGGAGCUGCUAGCGAACGCUUCGGACCUGCUGGAGCUGACCAGCCGGAAGCUGAAAGAACUGGAAAAGACUCCAGAUGAACUGGACAGGAAGAAGGACGACUUUAAGACCAGAUUUGAGAGCAAUGAAGAGGAAAUCGAAAAAAUCACCCGGCUGAAGCCGGUUGUGCAGGAACACGCUAGGGAUUUGACGCAGAAGGUGCAAAACUUGCAGAAUAUCCUUGCGGACAGUCAGCUGGACUCAAAUGAUGCUAUCAGGGCCGCCAGGGCUUACAAAGACAUCGCUGAUGCUGUUCAAAGGGCAAGAAACGCAGCAGAUAAUGCGAAAAAUGACACCGACCAUGCAGCGAACAUCCUCAGCACAGUGGAAGGAAGAACAAUGGCGGCUGAGACCAAGUCGCAAAUUGCUGUGGAUGACGCCCAUGCUCUCAGUCAAAACAUCAGCAGCGAGUUAGAGCCGGCAUUGGCGGCGGCUGUGGAGAAAUUUGCACCUCUCAAGGAGAACCAGACAAAGAACGACGCCAUCCUGAAAGGAAUCGAGCAGAUCCUGAAGAACAUCGACCUGCCCCCAUUGGACCGUCGCUUUAAAAACGCCUCCCAAAUGGCGGACAAUGCGAUCGGAUUCACUGACACGGUGAAUCAGCGUAUUAAUAAAUCCUUCGUGGAUUUGCCGCAGGAGAAGACGAAAGCGUCCGAGUUACCGAAAGACGUGGACAAUAUCAGGCGCAAUCUGGAUCAGACGAAGAACCAACUGAACAUGGUAAAUGAGACGCUACCAGUGGUGCUGGACGACAUGGUGGAGCUGCCGGCGAAACAACAGAAGCGCAAUGAAACCUCCGACUUUAUCAAGAGCCAGAUCAACAAGCUGAGCAACCAGAUCCAGCUGGCUAGGGAUCUGGCCAAUCGCAUCAAAGUGGGCGUGAAGUUCUACUCCAACACCACCUUGGAACUGAGAAACCCCAUCAACUUGGAAGAUUCGACCACUUCGACCAAAAUUAGCGGCUACUUUAGGACUGAGAAGGAAAGCGGCCUGGUGUUCUAUUUGGGCAACCCGCCCGGCACCAAUUUGCGGAAAACUAAGACUGAUGACUACAUGGCUUUGGUGAUCCAAAACGGAUACCCAGUUCUAAAGCUGGACAUAGGAAACGGACCCGAGAAGCUGAACUCAGAUAAAUACGUGGCGGACAAUGUUUGGCGGCAGUUCAUCAUUGAAAGGGUGGGACACAACGCAAAGCUGAGCAUCCGUGAAGAAGUCCAAGGCGAGCCCGACCAGGUGACGACCAAUGAGAAAUCCCUGGACGGUCCCUACACGAUCUUCAAUCUGGACCAGAAAAAAUCUAAACUGUUCGUGGGCAGUUUUUCUGAAGACUACGAAAUUCAAAAGGACAUCGACGUCACCUCGUUUGAAGGGGAAGUGGAGGAAUUCGUCAUUGGCAACACGCCAAUUUCGCUCUGGAACUUUGUGGACGCCCACGACAAUGUAGGCACGAAAGAGCGUGACAAGUUGGUGGUUCUUCAGCCCAGCACCGGGCUGCGCUUCAACGGCCAAGGCUACGCAAUCAUCGACUCGCGAUCGCUUCAAUUGAGGGCCAAAUAUUCGAUUGUUUUGUCCUUUAAAACUUUCGCCACUGAAGGGCUGAUUUUCCUGGGUGGCAAAAACAAAACCUUCGUGGCUCUGGAGUUGCGCAGCGGCAAAGUUCUCUAUCAGUACAAUUUGGGUAGUGGGACGAAGAAGUUCGUCUCCUCCAAGAGCUACAACGAUGGCGAUUGGCACAAAAUCACAGCCAUCCGAGACGGGACAAUGGGCAAACUCACCAUCGAUACUGAUGAUGCCCCUGAUCGGACCAAUCAGAUUACUGGGAACAGUCUGGAGGCGAUCGAAACCAUCACAUUUGGAGGAUACCCGCAUGUGCACAAUUUCCCCGAUGUGACCAACAUCAAGUUUGAUGGAUGCAUCAGCAACAUCACCAUCAACAGCGAACCGGUAGACUUGAGGAACACCAUCAAGUCGUACGACGUGAUUCCCGGUUGUCCCGCCAAGUUUGCACCAAUGGUGUCGUUCAACAAAUCGCGGCCAGGCUACGUGGGCUGGGAACACCUAUCGGUGGCCAAUGACUUUAAGGUGUCCCUAAAAUUCAAAACAAACGAACCGAACGGCUUGAUUUUCUACGUAACGGAGAGCGACCAAAGCAACGGUAUUUCUCUAUCUCUGGUCGAUGGACACUUGAAGGUGCUCAGCCAGAAAACCGAGCUGGUGUCCACGGAUACCUUCAACGAUAGCGAUUGGCAUGUGGUUUCGGUCAUUCACAACAACCAGUUCUUAAGGGUGGACUUUGAUGACUACGGCAACAAAGUGACGGACAAUCCGCCGCCUUCAUUGUACAUUCUGUUCGCUCACAUGUACGUUGGAGGGCUGCCGAAGACUGUGAGGCCGCUGGCCGGCACCGUCGGCUCCGAUCGGCCCUUCCACGGUUGCAUCGCAGAUCUAACAGUGAACGGCAACGUGAAGAACUUUGCAAACACCACGGAUAAGUCGUUUGAGAUUCUGGAUAAAUGCGUUCUCGAUGUGGACUAUUUGCCAAUCGAUCCUUCGGUCCAUCAGUUGCCUUCCCUGGUGCCGUUCGAGGAGGCCACCAUACCGCCAACCACUACGCAGGUUAUUGUCACUGAAAACCCCUAUGAGCAAAGGAACGAUACCAGAGGCGAUGGCGGACUGGACUUCCAACGCAAACCUGAGGCCAGCUUGAGACGUCCUAAUUCUACCCAAAGCCUGCCGGAGCCGAAGCUGCCGGUCACAGUGAUGCCCUUCGGGACAGGCGGCAGAGCGCCACCAGUCACUCCCAAGACGAUCGAGGCAGGUUGCGCCCUUCCAUUAGAACCGGCCAUGGAAGACUUCAAGCAGAGCGGCCAACGAUUCGGCGCCAAUCCAGGCAGCCGAUUGGAGUUCAACACGCCGCGUGGCAAGUUCCGGAAGAACUUCGACUUCAGCUUGGACUUCAAGACUAGCGAGCCGGACGGCAUCAUCUUCUACGUGUCGGAUGGGAAGACCCACAAGCAGUAUGCCGCCCUCCUGCUUCAAAAUGGCUACGUGGUGUUUACCUUCAAAGGGGAGCAGCCCACUCAAUUAGUGCUCAAGUCGCAAAUGGUGUACAACGACAACGAGUGGCACGUGGUGGACUUCAGCAGAGAGGGAGCCGAAGGUAAGCUGGUGAUCGAUGGAGGCUCGCUGAGUGGCAGGCUGGCGCACAAGACGCCUUCUUUGGACCUGCGGAUUCCGUUUUACCUGGGUGGCGUACAACCCAACGACUACAACAUGGUGUCGCCCAACCUGAAUACCACCACGCAGUUCAAUGGGUGCAUCAAGAACUUCCACAUGAACAACAAGCCGCUGGAGAGCCCGAAAACGAUCGGCGUUAUUCCUUGUUCGGACAAUGUUGAGCUUGGCACUUUCUUUGGGGGCGGCUUAUCGACCUACAUGCGCCUCAAGGAGCAUUUCCUCGUAGGAAAGAUGUUCAACAUUAAGAUGCAGAUUAAGCCCAGAGUGAACACCGGAGUGUUGGUGGCUGUCCAUGGAAGGCGCGACUAUCUAGUGUUGGAAAUGACCAACGGGCAUCUGAAGCUGGCAGUGGAGAAUGGAAAGGGGCCUGUAGUGGCCACUUACAUCCCGCCAGGCAACGACAGCUACUCGCUCUGCGAUGGGCAGUGGCAUGAAAUCCAAGUGGUUAAGUCUAAGAACGUGGUCACUCUGUCCGUGGACAAUAUGUUCACCGAUCCGAAGAUCGGGUCGCCUGCGGCCGUUUCCGGCGACACUGGCAGCGCCCUAUUUCUGGGCGGGCACCGACUCCUCAAGAAGGUGAGAGGAAUCGCCUCUCGCACUCCCUUUAUCGGCUGCAUUCGGAACGUCAGCCUCAACAAUGAGCCUAUAGAUCUGUCGACGUCGCUCUUUGAAGGCAACAUAACAGUUGGCACCUGUCGCACCAAUUAGUUUUUUAGUUUUGCGCUUUUUUUGGUAUCAAACAAUAGGUUAUGAUCGUAUUUUGUGAAAAAAGUUAUAAUUUUUUUGGGUUUGAAAAUAAAUAGGUAGCUUUUUGUGGAAAAA